CUGAUUUUGGACCUCAUACGGGAGAAUCCAGCAACCAUCAUCCUGGACGCUCUGGACGAGUGCGACCCAGGAAGUAGGCAUGAGCUCUUUGAGGCCUUGGAUGAGAUUGUGGCAAAAUCCGAGAACGUCACCAAGAUAUUCCUCACCAGUCGGGGCGAUGGAGACAUUGUCUGUCGCCUGGCGUCGACCCCCAAUAUAUACAUCAGCGCCCAGAAAAACAGCCUCGACAUCCGUCGCUUUAUCGCUUCCGAGCUCGAACGUGUAGUGGAAAACAAGCAGCUCCUGGUUGGCCAAGUCUCGGACAAGCUGCGGCAGGAGAUUAUGGACGCCCUGAACGAGCGUGCUGAUGGAAUGUAUGUGCCUGCCGAAGUCCUUGCUGGUUACAGGCCGCCUGACUAA